GAGCUGAUGCCUCUUGGCACCUGAUACAGGCUCAGUUUCUGACAUGAAGAAAGAUAUAGACAGCUUCAUAGCCCGGGAAAAAGCGGAGAUCGUUGCCAAGUAUGAGAAGGGCAGGCAGGAAGGAGCUCAGAUUGAUCCGUGGGAAGAUGCCGACUUCGCGCUGUAUAAAGUUACCGACCGAUUUGGAUUCCUGCACGAGCAGGAGCUGCCGACACGCACCGCACUGGAGGAAAAGCAAAAACAUCAAGAAAUUGAGCGAGUGGACAAGUGGCUAAAGAUGCUGAAGAAAUGGAGCAAAUACAGGAACAGUGAGAAGAUGUACCGGCGAGUGUACAAGGGGAUCCCACUCCAGGUGCGAGGCCAGGUCUGGUCGCUGCUGCUGGACGUCGAGAAGAUGAAGAAAGAGAACGAAGGGAAGUACGAGAAAAUGAAGGAACAAGCAAAGAGCUUUUCAUCGGAAAUCAGGCAGAUCGAUUUGGACGUUAACCGCACCUUCCGGAACCACAUCAUGUUUCGGGAUCGCUACGGUGUGAAGCAACAGGCGCUGUUCCACGUGCUGUCAGCAUACUCAGUUUAUAACACCGAAGUGAGCUACUGCCAAGGGAUGAGUCAGAUUGCAGCCAUCCUGCUGAUGUAUUUGAAUGAAGAGGAUGCGUUCUGGGCACUGGCACAGCUGCUAACCAACCAGCGGCACGCGAUGCAUGGUUUUUUCAUUCCUGGGUUCCCAAAGCUGCAGAGAUUUCAAGCUCAUCACGAGCAGAUUUUAAGCAAACUGUUCCCAAAGUUGAAGAAGCACAUGGACAAGGAACAGAUGACUACAGGGAUUUACACGACCAAAUGGUUCCUACAGUGUUUCAUCGACCGGACGCCCUUCACUCUCACUUUGCGGCUCUGGGACAUCUACAUCCUGGAAGGAGAGCGGGUCCUGACGGCCAUGGCUUACACAAUACUCAAGCUGCACAAAAAGCGCUUGUUGAAGAUGUCUCUGGAAGAUCUCCGGGAGUUCCUGCAGGAGAAGACUGCUGCUUCCCUGCAGUACGAGGAUGACGCUGUGAUUGAGCAGCUGCAGGUGUCCAUGAGCGAACUGCGCAAGAUGAAGUUCGACCUCCCGCCGCCAGCAAAGGCUGAGGAAUUCCCACGGAAACCGCUGGGCCUGGAGCUCUCGCUCAGCUGCGUGGCAGUGAAGGCCACCGGCCAGAACGGCGUCGUGGGCGAGCGCCCUGCGGACAGGGAGGGAGCACACCCCCCCCCGGGAGAGCCCCUGGGGCCCCGGGAGAACCAGCCGCUGACACAAGCGCGGCGGUGA